CCCUCCCAGACGGAGUCUACCUCCUUAGGUUGCAGAGCCCCGUUUCCCGCGAAGCGAAGAGUCCGCAGCGUUAGCAAGGGAGCCGAGGAGCCGCCAGCGCCAUGCCGAUGAUUCUGGGCUACUGGGACAUUAGAGGGCUUGCCCAUAGCAUUCGAUUGAUGCUUGAAUACACAGGAACACCUUAUGAAGAUAAGUUUUACAGCUGUGGAGAAGCUCCAGAUUAUGAUAAAAGUCAAUGGAUCAAUGAAAAAGAAAAAUUGGGGCUGGACUUUCCAAUGUAAGUAACUGUAUGCAUAAUGGUCGGGAAGAAUAUCUUCUCAAUAUGCUGUUUUCUAUGGUAUUCACAUAUGAGGACUUGGAUACAGAGGAUAGCUGAAGGACAAUUAGAUAGAGAGCGAUCAUGUGAAAGCCUAACAUGGCAAAGAUUUGUUCUUAAGCAGUUCAUUCUGUCUACUUUCCAGCUUCCAUACUUAAUUGAUGGCAAGACCAAAUUGACACAGAGUAAUGCUAUUCUCAGGUACAUCGCACGCAAGCACCAUCUUUGCGGCAAAACUGAGGAAGAACUUACCAGAGUGGACAUGCUGGAGAAUCAAGUGAUGGAUUUCCGUAUGGGCUUGGUGAUGAUUUGCUACAAUCCUGACUUUGAGAAACUCAAACCUGGAUAUUUGGAGCAGUUACCAGGGAAACUGAAACUUUUCUCCCAGUUUUUGGGAGAUAGAAAGUGGUUUGCCGGGGAUAAGAUCACAUUUGUAGACUUUCUCAUGUAUGAUGUACUUGAUCAAAACCGCAUGCUUGAACCCAAGUGCCUUGAUCAAUUCAAGAAUCUUCAAGAUUUUCUGACCCGUUUUGAGGCCCUGGAGAAAAUUGCUGCUUACAUGAGUUCCAGCCGCUUUAUGAAAACUCCAAUUAACAAUAAGAUGGCCAAAUGGGGUAACAAGAAAGCAUAAAGAAAAAAAAAUGUUUGUUGCUGGAUGAGAUAUUUCCCCCUUUUUCUCCAUUCUUGUCUUAGAUGGAGUUGAUAAGAAAAAGAAUGGUGUUUCUGUAGAAUUGUGAUGUUUAGGUAUUUGGAAGGCAGCAGUGCUCAAUAAAGUAUCUUGGAAUUA